AUGAUCGUUGCUGAUCCAACUCAAACGUUGAUCGAGGCGGGGAUGGAGAAUGUCUCCUCACACAAACACUUCAGUCUCAAUGGUUUUAAAGAACUCGGAGCGUUGAGGCCCGUCCUCUUCGUCCCGUUCUUCGCCAUGUUCGUCGUGUCGUUGUCGGCAAACUCUCUGCUGCUCUACGUCAUCAUCGCACAGAGGAGCCUCCACUCGCCGAUGUGCAUCUUCAUCGGCGGCAUGGCGUUCGUGGACCUGAGCCUCCCCCUGCUCUUUGUGCCUCACAUGCUGCUGAGCUUCCUGUUCAACUGGAGGGGGAUCUCACUGAUUGGCUGCCUGGUUCAGAUGCACUUCAUUCACUUUGUAGGAACCUUUCAGUCCACCUUGCUUGUAUGGAUGGCGCUGGACCGCUACUUUGCCAUCUGCACGCCACUAUACUACCACGAACACAUGGCCAUGCCAAAGUUUCUCAAGUUCAUCAUCCCGCUGGUGGUCAGAAACGUCGUCAUGAUCACUCUGUUUGUGAGUCUGGCAGGAAACUUGUCGUUCUGUGCUGAAAACGUGAUAAACCACUGUUUCUGUGAGCACAUGGCCUUGGUGGAGUUGGCCUGUGGAAGCACCGCCAUCAACAACUUGACAGGGUUACUGAGCGUGUUCUUCAUCCCGGUGUUCGACGUCGUCUUUGUUUCUGGGUCUUACGUGGUGAUUUUCACCUCCAUGCUGAAGUCUGGCCGGUCCAGUGUCAAAGCGUUUCACACGUGCAGCACCCACAUCAUGGUGUUCACCAUCAACCUGACUAUUGCAGUUGUUGCUUUCCUGUCAUAUCGAAUCAGAAACAGUCUUCCUGCAGCCGUCCGGGUUUUUUUCAGCACCAUGUACCUGCUGUUCCCGAGCUGCUUCCACCCGAUCAUUUACGGCAUCAGAACCACCGAGAUCCGAGAGCACAUCCUGAAGACGCUGACGUGCUGA